CUCGCACGGCCGAGCCCACCCGUGCCCGCCGUCACGCGUGGGAAGGCGCCGGGCUUUGGAGAGGGGGGGUCGGGGGGAGGCGCUCCCUCCUUAGCCCAGCGGCCGGCGCAGCGCGGCGCAGAGCGGCUCGGGGAGGCAGGCGGAGGAAGGCAGGAGGCAGGAGGAGGAAGGCAGGAGGUUCCCGACCCCCGAGCCGCCGAGGAGAAACCGUACGAAACCCGUCCCAGCCGUCGGGGGUCCUCUAGGGUCCCCUCGCAGGGCAGCGAGGAUGGCGAGGACCAUGAGACCCGACGACAUCAACCCCAGGACGGGGCUGGUGGUGGCUCUGGUCAGCGUCUUCCUGGUGUUUGGCUUCAUGUUCACCGUGUCCGGCAUCAAGGGGGAGACCCUCGGGGACAUCCCGCUGCUAGCCAUCGGGCCGGCUAUUUGCCUGCCGGGCAUCGCUGCCAUCGCGCUCACCAGGAAGACCGACGGCUGCACCAAAUGGCCCAAGAACAAGUGUCCGUGCUGCAAGCAAGGCAGGGACCGCGAUGUCAUGGAGCUGCUGAGGACACCGUCAGACCUCGAGUCUGGCAAGGGGAGCUGCGACGAGCUGGCCAAGAAGGCGUACCACAAGGACCGCAGGGCGCUGCGCGGUGAGGACUCGGUGUCCAUCUGCACCACCACCACCACCACCACCACGGCGGGGGAAUGCAAGAGCCUCAUCAGGAAGGUGGACCAGGAGGAGAUGCUGAGAUACCUGGAGAACUGCUACCCAGAGAUGCCAGGGAAUGUGUUUGCGGGAGAUGGUUCCAUGUACAGUGCCUUGGAGAAGAAGGGCUCUUCUCCCACCAGGGACAGUGAUGCUUGCCCAGACGUUGAAGACAACAUUUUUGUUGCUCCUAAGGACAGCAUCAUUGUCUGCUCUUACAAGGAGAACAGCCCUUAUGACAGAUACUGUUGUUACAUAAACCCUACUGGAGUCGCCUCAGACCAGGAGACCAUAGUGUGAACAAUGCAUACUUUAUAUAUAUGUAUGUAUUUAUACAAAAACUACAGCUCCAACUUCUUGAUAGGGGAUAAUAUAGCUGACUGCACUGCAUGGGACAAUCCUGAUACUAUUACAAUUUAACCUGGUAUGUGACUGAUACUCAAACCUUUUGUGCCUGAAAUACUCUUUCUGUAAGUAAACAAGCAUGUUUAAAGGUUAAAGAAUUCAAUUUUUCAUUUUGGGAAAAAAAAAAUCCAUUUUAAUUUUACUUUCUCCCCUCCUUUCCCUUUUGUUUUCUUGCUGCCUGUCGUACACAAGCCCAUAGACACGCUGGCAGGAGGUCAGCUGGGAGCAGGAGCUAGGUCAAAACUCUGUAGCUAUCUGUAGGAAACUCUGUGGUGCUCUGAGUGCGUCCUGGCAAUAGUGUCACCUUGCUUUUGGGAGGGAUUGAGAGGUGCCUGUGUGCCCUCAACAGCUGGUCAAUGUUAGGGAGCCAGUUUGUCUCUUCCUUCUCCUUCCUGGCAGGAUUUUAUUCUUCUCUGUUUCAAAGCGUCGACCCUGUGGGCUCUUCUGGAAGUCUCCUAGGAGCUAGUUGAGCCUAGGGGAGAUUUCAAAGACUAAGCCGUCACCGAUGGCAUGAAAAGUACAGGUUUUAGCUCCAUUCCUUACCGGUAUUGAGUUCACUGGGACGUGUAUAACACAUUUGGAUUUUGAAGGCAUACUUUACAAGGGGAUUACAACAUGAUCAUGACACAGUUCUUGCAAAUGUCAUUGGACUCAGGAUCUUAAA